AUGAGGAUGAUCAGGACGGUAGUGGCAAGGGCAAGUCGUUCGGCCGCAACCACAUCACUGGCACCAACCUCGGCCGCCUCUUCUAGUAGCUCCAGCUCCCAUUCCAUAAGCACAGGAGACCUGUCUCAGCCAUCCCGUCUCCCCUCGGACCGCAUCCACGUAACCCACUUCCACACGGGCAACGAGUCCCCUUCCAAGCUCUACCCCGGGUCUGGCAUAUACCAGUGUCCUGCCUUUCGUCUUGAGCGACGACACUACACCAAGUUCACCCAACGGCUCUUCCCAUCCUUCCUGCCUCGACAAGUCACAAAGGAGACCCACACCACCUCCAAGCUACGCGAUUUCAUUCCCGGAGCAGACGGGAAAAGUGUGGCGAUCAUGGCCAUCAAGUCCAAAAAGAGUAUCAGCAACGACGCCGUGCUGAGACAGAGAGCCGCGCGGAGAGUCUUCUGGGCCUUAAACUAUAGCGAUGUUGCGCCAUCACCGACGCCCCCUACGUCGUCAUGGUCAUCGCCGAGAGAGUCAGAGGCCAGCAACUCCACAGAUCGAUCGAUCCGUCCUCCGCGAGACAUUGCGGCUCACGCUACAUCUGACCGCCCCCGCAAAAACAAGCGUCCCCCACCGUGGACGCCCAGCGACGCCCUAGAAGGCGAGCAGCACUGGAUCUGCAUCAAAGGCAUGCCACCCACAGCCACACCAGCGGACGUGGUCCGCGUCCUCGACUCGACUUCCAGUACCGCUAGCGCUGGCGGUUCGCCCUCCUCCUCCGUAGGUCUCUCCCGCUUCAUCAGCGACGUCCUCCCGGUGUAUCGACCCACCUCUCUCCGCGGCACAGACCGGUUCCUCCUUCGCCUUCUGCACGAGCGCCACCUUCCCACUAUACUCCACCACUUGAACGGCCGACUCUACGCGGGUCAUGAGCUGUCUGCAUUGAAAUAUCACGCAGACGGUGCUGGUACGCUGCUGGGGAGCAACCUAGUUGCGUGCUCGAGUAAGGCGUACAACCCACAAGCGCAUGGCAGCGUGACCGACUUUGUUAGGGCGAUUGUGGCGAGAAGCUCGGCAGCUUCUUCGCACAGUACGACCAAUGACAGGGCAAGUGGAUGGGGCACCUCAAGCGGCGGAUCAGGCUCCGUCGUUCUUUUGCGAGGCUUGCCACCAGGUGUCCGACCAGAGUUGCUCGUAAGACGAUUUGGACGCCGCUACACCUUGGCUGCACCCGGUGGUCCGCGCAACAGGACCAGCUUGUGGGAUAAACGCAUAGGAUCCUGGGCACCCGUGCAACUAGAGCAGAUAAUUCAACUCUGGGCGGCCAGCAGUGCCACGGAGGCCCGUGAAGCACGAGCCGCAGCAGCGGCGGAAGCUGCAUCGAAUGGCAGUGACGUCAAGGACCUGUUCAGCAGCCCCUUCCACGCCUCGACCAAGACGACGAUGUUCCUCAUCCGUCUGGCCAGCCCUGCACACGCUCACGCGCUCGUUCGUCGACUGCACGCACGUCGGUGGAACGUUAUGCCCGCCAGUGCACGAUACGGGGGAAGUGAUGCGCAAGGUGAGCGCAACUACUCGUACUCGCGACCUGAUCAUCCGGAAGGGGAGGGGUUGUUGUUGGGUGACAUUGAGGGGUACGAGUCGCGCGAAGGCGUAGAGGGGGAGGUAAGGGGAGGUCAUGAUUCGUUCUUGGAUGAGGUUGAUGAGUAUGGGUUGCCGUUGUACUCGGACGCGCAAAAGGACUCUGCGAGCGGUGCUGGCAGCGGGGCUGCAAACGGGAGGAUCCGACAGAGAUACAGGGCGAGAGAGGGAGAGGUAGUCUCAGGGAUGCGGGAGUAUGUUGUCGAGGUCCAGGUGAUGUACUAG